CAAUCAUUUGUAAUCUGUACAAGUCGAUAAGUUUAAUUUUUUUUUUUUUUGCUUUCUCAUUAUCCAAAAAUAUGGAGGAAUCACUUUAUGACGAAUUUGGUAAUUAUCUCGGCCCUGAAUUGCCCGAAUCCGAAGAGGAGGAAGAAACUCUUCAGCCCAUGCAAGAGGAUAUAGAAGAAGAAUAUGAAGAAGGAGAAGUAGAGGCUGGAAGUUCAAAUAUGGCACUUAUGGAAAUAGACGAUGUUCCUCAGACUCAAGUAGUUCUUCACGAAGAUAAAAAAUAUUAUCCAAGUGCCGAAGAAGUUUAUGGUCCAGAAGUUGAAACAUUGGUUCAGGAAGAGGAUACGCAACCUUUAUCCGAACCAAUUAUUCAGCCUAUAAAAAUUAAAAAGUUUCAAAUUCAAGAAAAAGGUCUUCCUGAAACUAGAUAUAAAAAAGGGUUUUUAGUAGACAUGAUGAAUUUUCCUGAAUUGAUCAGGAAUAUUGCUAUUGUUGGUCAUUUACAUCACGGAAAAACAUCAUUCGUUGAUAUGUUGGUCAAUGAAACACAUUCAUCAGUUGCUUGGGAUGUUGAUAGACAGGAACGUUACACAGAUACACAUACCUUGGAAAGAGACCGAGGUGUAAGUAUUAAAAGUAUGCCAAUGACGGUUAUAUUGCAAGAUUCAAAGGGUAAAUCAUAUUUAUUUAGUAUUUUAGAUACUCCAGGUCACGUGGAUUUUAUUGAUGAAGUUACUGCGGCGCUUCGUUUAGCCGACGGUGCGGUUGUUGUGGUAGACGCAAUUGAAGGGGUUAUGGCUAAUACAGAGCGUGUGAUUAAACACAUCGUACAAGAAAAAUUGGCAUUCACUCUUGUCGUCAAUAAAGUGGAUAGAUUAAUAUUAGAAUUAAAGUUACCACCCAGUGAUGCUUAUUAUAAAUUAAGACAUACUAUAGAAGAGGUCAACACUAUCAUCAGUCAAUGUGCCCCCGGCCAAGAUCUUCGAGUUUCUCCUGAACGUGGAAAUGUUUGUUUCGCGUCAAGUCAAAUGGGAUGGUGUUUUACCUUGAAAUCGUUUGCUAAACUUUAUGCUGACACUUAUGGUGGCUUAAGUGUCGAUGAAUUCGCGAAACGUUUAUGGGGUGAUAUAUAUUUCAAUCCUACUGAGAGGAAAUUUAGCAAAAAAUCUCUCGAAAGCAAAAGCCAACGAUCUUUUGUACAUUUUAUUUUGGACCCAUUAUAUAAACUUUAUGCUCAGGUAAUCGGCGAAAACGAAGAAACGCUGAAACGAACAUUAGCGUCAUUAGGUAUCUUUUUGAAAGCUUCGCAUUUCCAACUGGAUGUAAAGCCUUUAUUGCGCAUAGUUUUGGACCAGUUUUUUGGUCCAUCAACUGGUUUUGUGGAUAUGGUGGUACAUCAUAUUCCGUCUCCAGAGAAUAAUGCCAUUAACAAAGUAGAACAUACUUAUACUGGACCUAUGAAUACAAAUGUUGCACAAUCAAUGUUUAAAUGUGAUUCGGAUGGUCCUUUAAUGAUUUACGUUACAAAACUAUAUAAUUCAGCUGACGCAUCAACAUUUGAUGCAUUUGGUAGAAUUUUAAGUGGUACAGUUAGAAAAGGACAAACCGUAAGGGUACUUGGCGAAGGAUAUUCAAUAGAUGAUGAAGAAGAUAUGACUUUACAGGAUGUUACAGACGUUUGGAUAUUCGAAUCAAGGUAUAGGAUUGAGGUUGAGGGAGUACCCGCAGGAAAUUGGGUAUUACUGGGAGGGGUAGAUAAUUCAAUAGUGAAAACUGCAACUAUAACUAAUAAAGACACCGAUGAUGAUAUGUACAUCUUCCGACCUUUGUCUUUUGUGACUACCGCUGUUCUUAAGGUAGCCGUUGAGCCUGUAAACCCAUCUGAAUUACCAAAAAUGUUGGAUGGAUUAAGGAAAAUUAAUAAAAGUUAUCCUAUUUUAGUGACUAAGGUUGAAGAAUCUGGUGAACAUAUCAUUCUUGGUACAGGAGAAUUAUAUUUAGAUUGUGUAUUACAUGACCUUCGACGAAUGUAUGCAGAAAUUGAAUUGAAAGUAUCAGACCCUGUUGUCCGAUUCUGUGAAACUGUUGUUGAAACAUCCGCUCUAAAAUGCUUUGCUGAAACUCCGAAUAAAAAGAAUAAAUUAACAAUGAUAGCCGAACCAUUAGAGAAGGGCAUUGCCGAAGACAUCGAAGCUGGGAAAGUAAGCAUCAAAUGGCCUGCUAAGGAUAUUGCAAAAUUCUUUGAAGAAAAUUAUUCUUGGGAUGUAUUGGCGUCACGUUCAAUAUGGGCUUUUGGUCCUGAUGAAAAUGGACCAAACAUUUUAAUGGAUGAUACUUUGCCUACAGAAGUAGAUAAAAAAUUACUUUCGUCCGUUAGGGAUUCAAUACGACAAGGAUUUCAAUGGGGUACUCGGGAAGGACCUCUAUGUGAUGAACCCAUACGUAAUGUCAAAUUUAGGAUACUUGAUGUUGUUCUAGCACCGGAACCUAUAUACCGUGGCGGUGGGCAGAUAAUUCCAACAGCAAGACGCGUGUGUUAUUCCUCAUUUUUGACGGCAACUCCGAGAUUAAUGGAACCAGUAUACUAUGUCGAAAUUCAAGCGCCAGCCGACUGUGUUUCUGCGGUGUAUACAGUUUUAGCACGACGGAGAGGACAUGUUACGCAAGAUAUUCCAAAAGCUGGGUCUCCAUUAUACACCGUUAAAGCAUAUAUUCCAGUGAUAGAGGCUAACGGAUUUGAAACAGAUUUACGAACUCACACUCAGGGGCAGGCAUUUUGUCAACAAAUGUUUGACCAUUGGCAGAUUAUUCCUGGUGAUCCACUGGAUAAAAGUAUAGUUCUCCGACCUUUAGAGCCAAGCCCCGCACAACAUCUAGCAAGAGAUUUUAUGGUUAAAACACGUCGACGUAAAGGAUUAUCUGAAGAUGUCUCAGUCAAUAAGUUUUUCGAUGAUCCGUUACUUCUUGCGAUGGCAAAAUCAGAUAUUCUACCAAACAUUUUAUAAAUUAUGUCAUUUCAAUAAUACGGACAAUCAGUUUCCACGUGUGAGUUGUAUUACAUAGACGUUCACAUAUCACAUCGGUGAUUUUUGAUAAAUUAAAAUUUAAAGUAACCCUUAUAACGAAUUAUGUUAUCUGCUCCACCAUGCUAAUAAAUGAAAAUUAAUUGUUAGAUAUUAGUUAAUCAAAAAUAAAUAAAAUAUGAACCUACUUCAAUCGCAUCUAUUUCCUCGG